GGGCGUGGAGCAGACGCGCGGAGGCUGCAGCUGCUGAGUGCGCCCCGCUCUCGCCCGGCUGCUCCUGCUCCUCUCCCGCCGCGGACCAUGGUCUGCCCGGCUCGCCUGGCCCUCCUCCUCCUCGCGGCAGGAUUGAGUGUUCACUCUGCACAUUCAGAACUUACAUCCUCUCUCAGUCCUUCUGAGAGAAGUACCAUUGCGUCAGAAUCAACUCAAACUACUGUCCAUGUCACCCUUGUUGCUAGCACAUCAGCAAACAAGCUACAAUCAGAAACAGCAGUAACAGCGACCACUUCAAGAGACAAAGUCACCUCAGGACCAGCAGAACAGGGCGAUACCACAAUCUCCUCAGGCACCACAAAAGAGUUGUCAGCUACCACUACACAUCUUGCCUCACAUACGGAAAGAGCAAAUGUUUCAGCCACCAGCCCGUCACCGUCAUCAAGCACUGGGUCAGAAUUAACAGCCACAGAACACAGCUCUGAGACUUCAGUUUCCAACCUGACAAAUGCAACAGCUCCAGAUACAGCCACCUCUCCCACAACAGCUCCAGAUACAGCCACCCCUCCCAAAGAGACCCCAGCAACCACCUUUUCUCACCUAAUUAAUACCUUGUCGUCUUCGACAUCGGCAGGUUCUUUCAGACAGACCACCAUUACAAAUCAAAACACAAUCCAACUGCCAAACACAAACGCAUCCACAGCAGCACCUGCUACAGAGAAUGCCUCAACUAAAGAGAUGCCCCCAGUGUCCCUCUCAUUAGGCCCAGUGAUCAGACAAACAUCUCAAGUGACUUUGGCAACCAAGUCUGUCUCAGAGGCCGUCUCCACGGAUAGCACCACUUUCUCCACAGGAGUAACCAUGGAAGAGGUCCAGCGUGCUUUAAGUUCAGGAAGCAUUGCAGCCAUUACAGUAACGGUCAUUGUGGUGGUGCUGCUGGUGUUCGGGGUGGCAGCAUACCUUAAGAUCAGACAUUCUUCAUAUGGAAGGCUGUUGGAUGAUCAUGACUACGGCUCCUGGGGAAACUACAACAACCCUCUCUAUGACGACUCUUAGCAAAGGAAAGUUAAUUGGGACAAGAAAUAAAUGUUCUUAUUUAUAAGUGCUUAUACAGUAGAACAAUAAUAAGUCGCCGGAUGUGCAUCCACUUCCAGUUCCAUCCCAUCUUCUCUUCCUGCUGCUUCUUCCUCUGUUACACCAUAGAAUCAUACUUUUAAGACAAGCCUAAAUGCUGAAUCAUUGCAGUGGGACUAAACUGAAGCUGACGGACUGCAGUCACCAUCUCGAAACCAAAGGCGGUCACUCCACAAGCGCAAUAAAUUUGAGUUUAUGCUUUUAAGGAGGAAAUUAUAUUAAAAUCUCAGUGAGGGGAUGAGAAGUAAUCACCGAAAGGUUUUCAUCUGUAUGGCUUCUGUUCCUUUGAUUUCUCUUUAAUCUUCCCUGUCUGUUCAGAGCAGAUGGGGUUCUGGUAAGAGCUCUGCAGUGCAGUACAGGCCUUCUACCGUUUAUUACCAAAAGAUCAAAACAAAUUACCCAGGAGGCUGGGAAGUAGAGAAAAGGGAAACUCAGCAGGGUCAUGCCAGAAACUGAUGCUUUUAUUGUUGGUCGUCUUUACCAGGGUGUCUCAUUUUCAGAAUGUUAUAAUUAUAAAUCCAGCUGAAGGUUAAAUCCACCACCUAUGUCACGGUGAGCGGCAGGUUUGCACACUGAUGUGUUACACCUUAAAGUGGAAAAUUAGUGAUAAGCAGGGAGGGGCGACAAAGGUACCACUGCUGCUGCCUUGAAGGCACGUGGUAGAAACGCCGGCAGGAGCUGGGAACUUUCUUUUUGGAAGGGUGAAACGUUAGAAAACCCGUACAUUGUCAGCACCGUGGCAACGUAAGAUUCUGUGAAGCGCAACAUUCACAUUCAAAACACCACUUCCUCUGAUCCAACUGCUGCUAGUGAAGAAUAUGGUUAUACCCAAAAUAAACCAACUAGGAGAAACCAGUUCUGCUGCCCUUCCCUUCAUUUAGGCUGCUGGGAUGAGUAACUACUAUUUAACAUGAGGUAAAGAUCGCAGAAUUAGGCCCAAAAUUAGAAGAUGUGGUAGAGGUUUUCAAAACAGUCUAUGGGAAUUGCACACACCUCUCUUUGAAAUUAACCCCUAGGAUGCUUUGCUUUGAGAGUCUCAACUUCAUGUUUAAUAGCUGUUCCCUGCAGCAAAUCUUCAGACCAAUUCAGUCAUUUCUCUCUCCCUGACCUCUCCCUUUUCUUUUCUAAAUGUGUGAACAAGUCUGGGUGUGUUUGUUUACUACAUAAAAGAAACUUGACAGAUCACCAGUGCUGUAAGGAAACAAAUAUAGCACCUGUUUCUACAGAAUGGGAGAUAGAAGUGUUGUCAUCUGCUACAUAUAUUGCUUUAUUGAAUUAUGUUCUUACAGUUAUUUUUAUCUGGUAAGGUCAUUUGCUAAAACAAGCAGGUAUUUUUAA